AUGCCAAAGGUCCCCACAGCUCCAUCAAGUCGUCCAGCUCUCCGUAGAAAUCAAGCCUGUCGUGCGUGUCGAAAGAGGAAGCUGAAAUGCGAUGCUGCUCGUCCACAUUGCGGAACCUGUGUAAAGCAGUGGCAGUCUUUAACAAGUGUACCAGCCCCUGUCGGAUACGCGCACCCCGCAGAACCACAAUGCAUCUACGAUCCAGUAGAAGGCUUAACAUUAACACCUGACACGGAUCCCAUGGAGAAAAUUAGACUACUGGAGGAAGAAGUUUUUCAACUCAAAUCAAAAUUGCAAGAACGGACAAUUGCAUCACGUUCUACUUCUCCUCAGCAUCUAUCCACGCAACAUCGUACAUAUAAUCAAAGCCUACAUAGCAGCAACUACUCUUUAUCUCCUGCUGGCAGUCAAUUGUCAGAUCCCGUUCACAGUUCAGCUUCACCAGACAUCUACGUAGGCCGUGUUUCGUCUGCAGAGUGUCCAGAAGUAGGAUACCGGAAUGAGAAAAACAGCCCAGAAGUUCUCGGUAUCGGCAGUAAAAGCAAUGCAGACUCGUUCAUGGACUUGUUAUUUUCAGGUUGGAAUCCAGAUCUGCCAGAACCUCAUGUUCUUGACCACUAUAUAGAUGUGUUCUUCAAGAGUGAUCCGUGUGGGUCGCGGAUAUUACAUCGUUCAUCCUUUUUGUCAGCAAUGCGCUUACCCCCAAGGGACCCAGCGUUCCCUCAUUCCGCCAUACUACAUGCCAUAUGUGCCUCAGCGUCGCGUUGGUCUUCUCGGAAUGUGACCCUGAUGCCCGACGGUUCGCGGCAAGACCAAUUCGCAGAGUUCCAUGCCAGUAAAACGCGACAGUACAUCGACAAGACAAUGGCCACUGGAGAAGAUAUAUUUCCAGUAGUGCAGGCUUGUGUGCUUCUUGCAUGGUAUUUUUAUCAAGAGGGUCGAUGGGUUGAGGUAUGGAUUUUUGCUGGUUUUCAAACACGCGUUGCUGUUCCUCUGCGCCUCAACUAUCCGGGGACAUUUUCCACGCAAGGAUACAGCUUUUCAGGAGGGUAUCUACCUCCUCCAAAAGAUUUCAGAGAUUUGGAAUCAAGGAGGCGGACAUGGUGGAUGACCAUCAUAUUUGAUCGUAUAGUCUCUUUUGGCGGCUGGUUACAUGCCAUUGACGAGAGAGACUUAGGGACUGAACUUCCCGUACGUGGUCAAGACUUCGAGGCAGAGCAACCAAUUCCAAGUAACCCCCAGGACAUGUCCAGGGAGGAUAUUUUCACCUCACAUUUCCCAAGGUACACAGACCCUUUCCUACUUCUCAUCAAAGCCAUCAUGCUCUUUGGGCGCGUUACGGAUUUCAAUGUACGCAGUAAUAUGGGAGCUCCAACGGCUCCUAGCAAGAAUCAGAAUCCUUAUAUGCUGCAAGGUUUCGGCGAACUUGACGACCUUGUAUACAGUAACUUUCUAGGCAAUCUACCACAGAUGUACAGGAAUAACUACGGUGUUACUGAUGCACCAAGUGGGAGUGCUCUCGACACCGACCUGUACAUGGUUCACAUCAUACCACAUGCUGCCUCCAUCACUCUUCACAGUCCCUACCUAGACUUUAAUGACAUGCAACGCACAUCAACCGAUCGCUGUGUCAGUGCGACACAGUCCAUCCUCACGGCCUACUAUAUGCUUUCCGCGACCUCUUUGGACAUCACGCGUUUACAUCCUACUAUUGUGGUUUGUUGGUACCUUGCUGCAGUGAUACAAGUACAGUUCUGUAAACAUCUUAUAGAGAUUAACGAUAGAGACAGAGAAGCAGAAGUAUGGGGCGAAAUCAAUGUGCUAAGACAGGCAAUGCUCAACUAUGGGUCACGCUCGCCCAUUGGAACUCGCCAAGAAAAACUUCUACAGGGUCUCAUGAAAGAGAUCGUCCGAUUGACUAGCCAGCGGCAGCCGCUCGAAGUAGGCUUGCCACUGUUCCCCUUUUCGCAUGCCUCCGUUUUCUCUGAGCCUUUGGCAGUGCACUCAGAUAGAAUGACCAAACAACCUCAUGUUGGAGAUAUCCCUUCGGGGCUCACUAUUGCGCCCUCACAUUCUGUGGCAUGGUCACUCGAUGAUAUCAAUGACCAGCGUUCAGGAAUCAAUUUUGAGAUUUCACCUCCCUCUCAAUGGCGUUACUCAUAG